AAUGAGCCUUGACGGCUCAAGUUACAUGCGUGGAGCUCCAGCUCCAAGUACCGGCUCAUUUGCAUUCGCACCUUUUACGCAGCAGCCGCAGUCUCAGCAGCAACGGCCCUUUUACAUCUUUGGGCGUUCACCUUCUCAGCAACAACAACAGCAACAACAGCAACAACAGCAACAGCAGCAACAUCCACAGCAAUUUCAGCAACAGCAGCAACAGCAACAACCUCAACGACAGGGUAUUGUUUUUCAGCCGCUGAAUUUACUGAACAGCACAUAAAUCAAGAUCACUAUA